UGUAGUAUUCUUGCAGAAGAUUCUCUUGCUGUUUCAUCAUUUGAAGCUAUUGCAUCUUCAUUACACCAGCGAUUUAACAAAAAUGAACAUUUCCAAAUUGGGAGUGCAAUGCUGAUGCUUUUACAGCAACCAGACUUGUUGCCUUCAACCAGCCAAAGGAUUGUGGUCUUGUUCUUGUUGUAUGAAAUGUACAAAGCAGAGCCUGUAGCCAAUAACCCAUUUGCUUCUGUGUUUGUCCAUGUUUUGAGUUCAAACAAUGAUGAAAACAGAGUAUGUGGCCUUGAAUCUCUUCCUGCCUUGAGUCAAGCUGAGAAGUCAUUCUUGUAUCUACUGAUCACUUCUCCAUCAAGAGAUGUAAAACAGGAUACAAUCAACAAUCACGUGUAAUUGGCUAUAUAUUUUUGCUCUCAGAAUAUUGACCUGAGUUCUCUGCAGUUGGCACUAACAGAGAAGAAUUCACAGUUACCUGACAUAAGUUGUUGUGGGCUUCCUGCAGUAUUAGCCGAUGCUGACCCUGAUGUCAGUUCAGGGUUUGAUUCCACAGCAGCUUCGCAGAUCACAGAGACACUUGUGACAGGGCUUAAUCCUCCGUCAGAGUUAAAUCUCAGACCAGUGUUUGCAAGAAUUCCUCCACCACUUUACUCCUGCGAGGAUGAGCUCUUGUGGAUGAACCCAACAGGAGAGGUGCAUGCCGUAGAGUGGGACAGUACAAUGUGUGUUACAAACAGCGCUGGUGCUGAGGUCCGUCGUUUGAUGAACAAAGCUUUCAAGGCUACACUGGUGUUGCAACAACAGCAGCAAGUCUUGAGUGAACUUGAAAAAGAUCCAAAGCUUGUAUAUCAUGUGGGACUCACUCCUAACAAGCUCCCUGACCUUGUGGAGAAUAAUCCGUUACUUGCCAUUGAAGUUUUGCUGAAGUUGAUGCAGUCAAAUCAGAUAACAGAGUAUUUUUCGGUCUUAGUAAACAUGGAAAUGUCACUGCAUUCUAUGGAGGUUGUCAACAGGCUAACAACGGCUGUAGAUCUUCCGCAGGAGUUCGUUCAUCUUUACAUCUCAAACUGUAUCUCGACCUGUGAAAAUAUCAAAGACAAAUACAUGCAGAACAGACUUGUCAGACUGGUCUGUGUUUUUCUUCAAUCUCUCAUUCGUAACAAAAUUAUAGAUGUUAAGGACCUUUUUAUUGAAGUUCAAGCGUUCUGUAUUGAGUUCAGCCGGAUACGAGAAGCAGCUGGCUUGUUCCGACUCCUUAAGACGCUGGACAGCGGAGAGGCGAGUCCCGCGGCUAUCAAGUAAACGGAGUCACGCUGAGAAGAAACUAUCCACAUGGGAGACGUCCUUCAAUUGAAAACAAGAGUAGACGAUUUGCCCGGUGCUAAUUGACAUUUUUUGAAAAAUGCUUCGAGAAGCUACUUCAUCACACAACAGAUGCAGCGGUUCCGUGCUUUAGUGUCACUUACAUACUAAGUCAAGAGUGAAUGAAGGGUAAGGGAGAUAAUCCUUGGGAUAAUCUCCCUCAUUGGCCUUAUUCCCAAGGUAAUCCCUCUCAAGUCAUUUGUAGAUCACUUCCGGUUUCUAAAAUCUCAGGAGGGUCUAGAAAUAGACAAUGUGACAGAAAUUGUGGUCACGUGGACAUCCUAAGUGGCUUUACUCCCAUUUUACCCUUCACGAAAACAUCCACGCAACAUCCGUGGUGACAUUAUUCGCGGUAGAAGUGGCUAACAUCUCUAAAGAUUACUGAGGAAUAAGGUCCAUAUGAGGGAUUUUAAAACUCUCUUUUCCUCAUACUCUCUUGACAGACUGGUUUAAAACACGGCGGAGAAUAAUGGAAAAUGUUAGAAAGCACUCUAGUAGCAGACUUGUUUUCUACGUUUGGAAAUAAUCAGCGUAUCUUACUCGGCGUAUCUAAUCGAACAAAAUCGAACCAAAAUUCAAUCGCACCCAAUCGAACACCAAUCGCUCGAUUGAAUUCGGCAAUCGAACAAAAUCGAACAUCUCUUUUGCUGUGAGUUCGAUUAUCGAACCAAUGGAACAAAAUCGAACGCAACCGAACUCAAUCGGAUUCGAUUUUGUUGGGAAUCCAUUUCUAAUUAUAAGUAAAUCGCGCAGGAGUAAUCAUAAUCAACCUUUAUUGAAUGGGAUUAAAAGAAAAACGUUUAAGUAUCAAACUGAAUGUCAGUGUUCGGUUAUGCACUGUACAAGAAAACAAGGGUACGACUGUGGACCGUUCGGUAAUCGAACGGUCGAUUUUGUUCGAUUGUCGACCGUUCGAUUUUGUUCGAUUGACCAAAUUUUAGUGUGAGUUCGAUUAUGUUCGAUCGAACACCAAUCGUUCGAUUGGGUUCGAUUACCGAGCGUUCGAUUAGGUACGGCGGGAUCUUAUUAGAGCAUAGCACACGACGCUGGUUUCUCUGCAUGCUUUAUGACACAGAUCUGUACACGUGAAACAAUAAAACAUGGUUUUCCGUGUCUAA